GAAGAAGUCACAACGUCACCUCUUGCCGUGGUCCUCUAAAAACCAAUAUAUCUUAGUCUCUUCUUUGAUUGCUACUCCACAAUGCCCGUCAUUGCAGGUCCCCCUCAGGCCCAUGGCCCCUCUACCUUCGACAAAAUGAAGAUGGGUGCGCUGAUGGGAUCAACUGUUGGCGGUAUCAUGGGAUUCAUCAUCGGAACUGUCACCAUCUUUCAAUAUGGUGCUGGACCUAACGGCGUUAUGCGAACACUCGGCAAAUACAUGGUUGGCUCUGGAGCGACAUUCGGUCUCUUCAUGUCGAUUGGCAGCGUUAUCCGAUCUGAGGGCCCUCACAACGACGCCUGGCUCCGAGCUCGAGGACCCCCCAUGAUUCUCCCCCGCCAAACACCUCUGCGUCGAUCGCAGGAAUAAGCCGAUACUGGCGUCGAACGUCCAGCAAGCGACUGGGCCAUUGUACAUUAGCAUAUACCAGCCUCACGUUCUCAAGUAUUGCGAACUGUGGCGUUCACAAUUCAU